AUGAUCUGUAUGUCAGCUUAUACAGGUGAUAAAUUAAUAAAUGGUGUAGACUUUGGCCGUUUCGGAACGCUGGUGGAGCUGGGUGGUACUUUCCUCGCUGAGAUUCUUCAAUGCUAUGAAAGCAUUCCAAAGGGACUCGUAUUGGAUUUGCCACAAUGUAUCGCCGUAGUGAAGAAUGGAGAUGAAAAUCGUACUGACUCACCGGUAACUAUAUUUAUCGGCGAACAUACCAUCUUUUCGGAUGGUAGGAUGAGUAAUUGGCAAAUACGUGCAUUUGAUAUCGGAAUGGCUGCUUACGGUACUGCUCGAGAACGAACAGAGCACGAGUAUCAGGUCUUAGUUGAAAAGGGCGGAUUUCAAGUGAAAAAGCACUAUCCAAUUCAAGCAUCCGACUCGAUCAUUGAAGCUGUUCUCAUAAAAUGA